CUCAGUAUAAAUACCAGCCACCUCUUCCCAGCAGGAAGGGACCAGCAGCUCUGCUCUACCAGAACUCAGCACCAUGAAGCUUUUCACGGGCCUCAUCUUCUGCUCCUUGGUCCUGGGGGUCAGCAGUCAAUGGUAUUCAUUCAUUGCUGAGGCUGCUCAAGGGGCUUGGGACAUGUACAGAGCCUACUCUGACAUGAUAGAAGCCAAUUACAAAAAUUCGGACAAAUACUUCCAUGCCCGCGGGAACUAUGAUGCUGCACGAAGGGGUCCUGGGGGCGCCUGGGCUGCUGAAGUCAUCAGUGAUGCCAGAGAGCGUUCUCAGAGAGUCACAGACCUUUUCAAGUAUGGAGACAGCGGCCAUGGAGUGGAGGACUCGAAGGCUGACCAGGCUGCCAACGAAUGGGGCCGGAGUGGCAAAGACCCCAACUACUUCCGGCCCCCUGGCCUGCCUGACAAGUACUGAGCUUCCCCUUGGCUGUGCCCUGGGGAGAUGGGCUAUGAGGCCCCUGAAGGCAAGAACAGUUGCUGAGUUAGAGUUCCUGAAUUGUAUACCCUUCCUACUGAAUACUUUAAAGAGCACAUUAAAAUGUUUAGUAAAUGCUUGUGAAUGGGCACCUGGGUGGCCCAGUUGGUUAAGCGGCUGUCUUCGGCUCAGGUCAUGAUCCUAGGGUCCUGGGAUCGAG